UAUUCGGAGUUAUCGUCGAAAACCGAGCCGAAUGAUACACUUUUUUACCCUAUCCGAUCACCUUUCACCUUCGAAUGAUAUAUGUUUCGAAAUUUUCCGUUGAUUUUCAUUUUUGGAUGAAAAUCUCAGUAAUUUGUAGGCGUGAAAAUUCGAAAAAAACAAAGGUGAUCGGAUAGGCUAAAAAAGUGUAUCAUUCGGCUCGGUUUUCGACGAUAACUCCGAAUAUGAUAUUUUUAUUGCAUAAGAAAUGAGUUCUCUUGGAGAAAAUCGAGACUUACGGGCAGAAUUCUGCUUUUUUUGCUCCUAAUUCAGAAAAAAUGUACUUUCUCAAAAAGGAAAAUUCGAAAAACGCGCUUCACACUUUUGUUCUAAAUUGAACGGCAAAGCGAAUGGCUUAUAAAACCUGUCUCUACCCCAUAAACAAACGGCUGCACGUGGCUUACAAGGUGAGUACCGUCAAACAAAUGGAAAGUGACGUACCCAGAAGUUAUUGUUUCAUCUGGAACCUUCAAAUAUAAUUUUCAUCAGAAACAUGAAGAAAGCAAUUUUUUAGAUUUAGUAUGGAUGCGACGAUGUACCCUAUUCUUUUGUUUCUAUGUUUUUGAGAAAUCUAAAGUUUGAUUUAUAAAAUGAUACAGAAAACAAUACCAAUUUAUGUACUACAUAUAUGUACUAUAAGCAGCAUAUUUUUGUCUAAUUGCGGUUACUCUUCGAGGUCGAUUUGUACGGUAUAUUGUUCAUGCAGAAUGACUAAUAAAUUUGCUUUUAUUUAUUAUUUUUUAGCAUUUAUUUCAUUCAAUUAUGAAUUACGUUCAUAUGUAUUUCAAGCUUGGGGUGAAUUUAUAUAUAAUUUAUUUCAUAAUAUAAAAUCGUAUCAAUUUAACACUAAACAUAUGAAAUUAUUCUUAGCACCAUUUCUCUUGGACAAUAUAUGGAGAAACGAAGAAAUAACAUAUCAAAAGUGUGAUGUUGGCGUUCGAGAUGAAUCGAAUUCAUUAUUAAUGCGUUAUAAAUGUAUACCUUGUGUUAAAAUUGGCUAUGAAUUACUUGUAUGUUUAUUAAUACCUGUUUCACAUUCAUCCUUGUUUCAUCGUCGGUGUCCAUCCCAUGUCGAUAUUUCAUUAACCGAUGUUGGACGUGAUGAUUUUAUUUGCGAUUAUAUUCUGCAUUAUUUAUUCGAUAUAAUUUAUGAUUUAUCACCAAAUCUUGAUGAACAACACUUUUUAAAGAGUGAAAUUGUUUUUUUCAAGUUUUGA